CGAUCUCAAUCAACGGUAGAAUUGUAUUCACAAGCAAUUGAGGUCAAGAAACAAAGAAGUCAUUAUUAAACAGCAUCGAAAUAAAAGUAGGAAAGAAAGAUGAAUUGCAUCAUGGUUAUGGCGCUUUUCAUAUGCGCAAUAUCUUGUUGGACAAACGGACGCAGUAUUACGGAACAUCUUGAAAAGAAGGAAAUAAAGAGUCCAUGGCGUUCACAGUUUCUCAAAGGUAUUGCUAGCUCAAGAAAACGUCGAUCGAAAAGCAAAACAGAGAGUUAUAUAGCGUUCGAUAACCGCAGCGGUGGCGGUGUUUAUUUGUACUAUCGAGAUAAGACCAGCAAGAACAAAAAAUGGAGGUUCUUUCUGGCACUUCGGAAGGACCAGUUCAUGGACGUAAAUGCGUUCUUCAAUGAAAGAUGGAUGGCCACAGACAUAAUGAAGAAACGUUUGUACAUUAAUAGCAGGAAAAAAAUUAGAAUAGGGCUCCAUAAGCUGAAGGCCAGAAAACUUUGCAUCAUCACAACAAAACAUAAGACACAUGACCUAGACUUCUCAGUUGAAACGUUGGUGGUGGUCGAUAAAUCAGUUCGUAAUCUGUUUGACAGCGAUUUUAAAACGCGAACUUACGUUGAAACUAUGAUGAACUUCUCUGCAAACGUUUUCCUUCACGAAAGCCUAACUCGACAUCAUUUGAGGAUUAACUUAGUUAUAAGUCAGAUCGCCAUUUUAAAGGAAGAAAUAGCGUUCGACGCAUCGAGAAGUGACAAUCUUAACGUGGUCUGCCCAAUCAUGAAUAAAAUUGAGAAAAUGGAAAAACGAAGAUUUGAUCAUAAAUUAUUCUUAACAAGAAACGAAUUCGGAUCGGGAGGUUUUGCAAAACCCAGAAGUAUGUGUAGCAACUCUCUCAGUUGUUCUAUUGUUAAGGAUCGUGGCUUUACUUCUUCAAUAACCGUUGCUCAUGAAAUAGCACACAUAUUUGGAGUGGACCAUGAUUAUCCAUUUGUCCAACACUCAGGGAGAAUCAUGUCACAAAUUGUUGAUGCAACAAUCAACAACCACCAUUGGUCCAUUAAAAGCAGCAAUGAUUUUGUCCGAUACGCAAGACAAUACAGCUGUCUUAAAGAGGAGACAACGUUAAAGAAUGCAGGACAAGACACAGUAGUAAAAAAUUUCACAUAUCCAGGCGAAAUUUUCACGUUUGAGGACCAAUGCGAUUUGGAAUACAGCUCUGGCUACACUGCUUUCUUCCCUGAUCAAUAUGACCACCCGAGUAACGACCGAUGUGGAAGGCUAGUAUGCAGCAUGCCUGGGGAAAUGUCUGGGUUCACACAAUCCCCCGAUUCGCCAGCUUUGGAUGGUACGUCGUGUGGUGUUAAUAAGUGGUGCAUAAAAGGAAGAUGUGAAAGAAAGCAAGAACAGAGACAACAAAUCCUAUAGUUAAUAAUACUCAAAAUUGUUAAGUUAAAACUUGUACAAAGAUACUUUGAGAAUAUACCACGUAUAAAAGACUUGUAAAUAUUUCUAUCUUUCAUUCAUAUAAGAGUUGGGUAUGCAAAGAAUACCGCAAGUAUUGCAGAUAUUUGCAAAACGUAUUAAAUUAAUUAUACAUGUAAAACCUAAAGUUUCAUGUUUUGUGUUUAUUCAGUACAGAUGUGUUUUCGUGUGAUGUCAAAGCAGCCAUAUUUGUACGUUACUCCGAGAACUAGAGGUGAACUGAACAUAAAUAAUCAUAAAUGCUUUUAAAUCCAAGGAAUUUUUUCCUAUAAACAUGGUGAACAGUCAAUCAAAUGACAUAAUUGCGACGAUAAAAUAAUAUAAACUAAUAAAAUAAAAUAAAACAAAUUAAAAUGUUUACUUUA